AUGGCGUCUUCACGAGCAGCAGAUCUCCCAGAUGCAGCAAAUACCCCCUCAAGACUGUGCCCUGCGGGAAAAGCAGCAGCGACGGACGAGAAGAAAAACGGCGAUGACAGAAAUUGUGUGACGGCGUCAGCUCAGGAUAUGGGAGACCCCGACGCGGCAGAACCAGGGGAGAUUAGCGAUGGGGACUUGUGCUCCAAUCCUCGAGACAGAACAGAAGCAUCACCAGCCGCAGCUGUAUAUCCGCCGGUGAAAGCUCCCCAUCUCUUCGUCCUUACUACCAGCCUGGACCGGUACCUCGUUCUUUCUGCCGUCGCACUCGCUGCAUGCGAGACCCCCGUGCAUGCGGCCGUAGCUGAAGGCUCGGCGGCUGCUGCCGAUGCCGCAGAAGAGGUCUCCGAAACUGAGACACCAGCGGCCCCAGCAGCAGCAGGUGCUGGUCCGUCUUAUCGAGGGUGCCUCAUGUGGCGAUUGGGCUGCCUUGGAGGCUGGACGCAGUCUCUCUCGGCGUCGUGUGCUGAGCCCUCACGUGUGUCUGUGGGGUGUGGUGAUGCCACUAUCCGUGCUGCUGAUCUAUCGUCCGCUGUCAACGCUCAGCUGAGCAGUGGAUCCCCGCAGGCCUCAAGCGGUGCAGUCGCAGUUGCAGACGCUGCAGCAGGCCCCCUGAAGGCAGCUGCAGCUGACGAGGCGGCGCCGUGUGGGGAGGCGCCCCCUGCAGCAGCUCCCUCAGAGCAGCAGCAGCUGUGGAGGCGGCAGCAGCAGUUGCGGCAGCAGGGACUGCUUCUGAGUGCUGCCGCUUUUAGCGAGGCUGCAGUAGAGGCAGCAGCGACCUCCGUGGAUGCGGUGCUCCUGCCGCCGCUACAGCAGCAACGCGAGCACAAUAGGGCUCCAACUGGGCAGCAGCAGCAGCAGGCAUUGCAGGAGGAUGCGCAGUUGCUGCUGUUUUUGCUCGGUGAUCAGCGUCAGGAAGCGCGGGCAGCUGCAGAGGCUGCCCUUCCCUCUCUACUAGGGGCCUUACCGCAGGUGAGCCUCGCAGGCAGGCACACUUCACAUGCUUUUGCUGCCUUUCCGGAAACUUCAAGCUCAAAAUCUGGCUGCUCUCCACACGUGCAGGCGGCUCUGCUGCUCGCCGCGGGUCUGGUGCCUGAGGCGGUGGAGGCAUACUUACAGGCGAAUUUGGCGUCAUUCGCGCUGCUCCUCUGCCGUUUGCGGCUUCGAUCAGAGCACCCGCUGCAGUAUACAGCCUUCGAUGCAUGGCUUGCUGAACCAAGCGAGGAGACACUACAGGAGGAGCACGAGCAAGACGGGCAGCAGAAUCGGCAAGAGCGCCAUCUGCAGGACUGGCAGCCCCCGCAGGAGCAACACUGCCAGCAGGAACCUCAAAAAAGGAUCGGCCGUCUGCUUCGUCUGGCGCUGAUGCUGGAGUCGCUACCAGCUGGCUCAUAG